AUGCUGUCACCCAUCCGUCCUCAUGCUGUCACCCGUCUGUCCUCAUGCUGUCACCUCCAGAUGCUGUCUCCGUACAGUAAGGGUUUGUUCCGUCGAGCCAUCAGCCAGUGUGGCGUCGCCCUCAGCCCGUGGGCACUGCAGAGGAGCCCCAUGUCUCUCACCAAGAAGAUCGCUCGUAAAGUCGGCUGCUGGAGAAGCGACGAGGACGAGAUGAUCUCCUGCCUGAAGAUGAGCGACCCGGUUGGACUGACGAUGGCGGGAAAAAUCGACAUUCUGCUAAUGCUGGGAAAAGGUGUGGUCAUGGAUCUCUUGGAACUCGCUCCGGUGGUUGAUGGUGAUUUCAUCCCUGAUGAUCCCAGUCGGCUGUUUCACAACGCUGGUCAGUUCGACUACAUGGCCGGAGUCAACAGCAUGGAUGGACACAUAUUUGCAGGAGUCGAUGUUCCGUCCAUCAACCAGAAAAACGCCACCACAGUCGAGCAGGUGAAGGGUUUCCUGGCUGGUUUGACCAAAGAAAAAGGAAGUGCUGCCGUGGAUUCAUCCUUUGGCGUUUAUUCGGCUCACUGGGGUUCGGUUCCGGAUCCAGCUGUGGUGAAGAAGACGGUGGCUGACAUCGAGACGGACUUCCUGUUCCUGGUUCCGACCCAGCUGGCCCUGCAGCUGCACGCCAACAACACCAGUGGAGCCCGGACCUUCUCCUACCUGUUCAACAUGAAGACCAGGAUCCCCGGGUUCCCUAGGUGGGUCGAGGCCGAACACGCCGAGGACCUGCAGUACCUGUUCGGGAAGCCGUUCUCCACCCCGCUGGUCUACUUCCCCCGACACCGAGACCUGGCCGGCUACAUGAUCGCCUACUGGACCAACUUCGCCAGAACUGGGAAUCCUAACUCUGGUGAAAGCAGAGUUCCAGUUGUGUGGCCUGAAUUCACCAAAUACCACCGACCAUAUCUGACCAUCAACAACAAGAUGGCCAAGUCCUCUGUCAGAUGUCUGAACCAGCUGGUCAUGCCGUAUGGUAACAGACUCAACCGUUAG